GCUGCGCUGGAAAACGCAAACGGAUCGGAGCGAGCGCUUGCACAGCGCGGGUUUCUUCGGCCUUUCUGCAAGUGUAGCAUCCGCUGUAGGAAGACAAAAUACAGACAGACGGCUGCUUUAACUUCUAGUGUAAAAUGUAUUGGGUUUUAGAGGAUGAAAUGUGCUUGCGCAGAGGAAGAAUGAAGCGGCAAGCCCAGAUAUGAAGCACUGUGCCCUGUGAUAUUUACUUUGCUGUUCUCACCAUCGGAGGAUGGCUGCCAUACUCUGUGAAAAUUCUUCUGGUCAGUACCACUACACCCAGGUCAACCAACCUCUUGAAAUCAGCUGCAUGUUGCUCCUGAUUAUGCUCGGCAAAGUGUUCCUUGAUUUCUUCAUGUUGCAAGUUAAACAAAAGAAGGUGAAAGUUAGUUUUAUGGGAUACUUUUGUGUUUCACUGGCGCUUCUUGACUUCACGCUGCUGCUGAGUAUAUCUUUCAUUUUCUAUUUUGAGGACUUUGCACUCUGGGGUGUGCGAUUUACAAAGUACCACAUUUGCCUGUUCACUCAGGUAAUUUCUCUCACCUAUGGUAUUUUGCAUUACCCAGUGUAUCUUGUGGCGGGUCUGGAUUAUUACAUGACUAUAGCACAAACUUCUCAAUUUCCUAAAAGAGGUCCAAAAUUACUCUAUGUAUUUGCUGUGAUUGUUAUAUGGAUGUCAGGGUUUUUUUGCAUUCUGAAAGUUCCCGCUAUCUAUGAAGAACUAGAAAUUCAGAACCGUUUUUCUCCUUAUCAGUGUCCUCUCUAUGCCAGCAUGCAGAGCUACUCAGUCUCCUGUGCCAUGGUGCUGCUCUUGGGCAUGGCUCUCCUGGCUUGUCGGAAGGAGGUUAUCACCAUGCUGCUGUCUGUCAGGGUAGGUUCCUUUGCCAGUCAGCCCGUUCUGAUGUUCUCCUACGUGUCCAACAACAGCAGAGCUUGCUUUAAGUGGCAGCUCCUGACUAGACUCCUCAUCUGUUUUCUUGGCACUUGGGCACCUUUUGUUCUUCUUCAAAUGAUCGUUUUGUUUCUUGGUGCUCGGAUUCCAGCCUACAUGGAGAUGAACGUCCCCUGGCUGUACUUCAUCAACAGCUUUCUCAUCGCAAUAGCAUACUGGUGUCGAUGUCACGAUGUUGAACUGACAGAGGAGAUGUGGUCUACAGAUCCAUUUGUCAGCUGGAAAUUCUGCUUUAUGCCGUUUAACAAUGAAAACACAGAGCCAGCUGAUAAGCCCAGCACAGUAAUUGUAAUCUGUUAAUGAGCUGAUGACUGAAAAGACUGCAAAUAAGUGCCGUGGGACAGAAGCGUGUACUCCGACGUUCUGUGGCCGUGUCCUUACAGAUAACACAAGGAAACCUUAGUCCAGAGCUACAGCCCGGCUCUUGCACCAGAGCGUGGGACGCUGCACGCUUCCACGCCGGGUUCCACUGGGCAGCAAGCACCUGCCAGCUCAGAGAAUUUAACUUGAAAGUACGGGUUUAAAAGACCACUGCUUAUAUAAAACAAGUUUUUGGUUAAACCUUAUGUUUAUGACUAGCGUUUUACACGUGCUUUAAAUGGAAUGAUCUCAGGUUUUAUAGUAUAAAAUGCAAUAAAGUCUUCAUCAAAGCUGGAGGCCUUUUAUCAGUCAUGGACACAUUAUCCUAUUGUCAGAUGUUCAAACUUCUAUGAUCUUUUCUUGUUAAAGUGUGAUAUUUUGUCAGUUUAAGAUUAAGGGUUGUCUGUUUAGCAAGAAAUAAAUUGUUUUAAUUAAUAUAAAGCUACAACUCUUAGUAAUAUAAACUUUGUUUACGUAGUACAAAAAUAGUGCAAGAUAUGCAA